CAGGAGGGAACCCGAGCGCAGCCCGUGGGCGGCCGGGGCAACCUACUGCCAACCCCCGACUGGUCCCGCGCGCACUGCUCUCCAGUGGCCCCGGCGCCAUGAGGCCGCCGACCACCUCUUCCUGCCCCGGGCGCGCCCUGCGGGACCCCUGGAGGCGCUUCCUGCCGCUCACCCUGGCUCUCUUCGUGGGCAUGGGUCACGCUCAGAGGGACCCGGUGGGACAUUACGAACCGGCUGGCAGGGACGCGAGUAGACUGUGGCGCCCCAGGGGCAGCCACCCCGCAGGGGCUGCAGCCAAGGUGUACAGUCUGUUCCGUGAGCAGGACGCGCCAGUCCAGGGCUUGCCGCCGGCGGAACGGGCUCAACCCGGCUGGGGGAGCCCCAGGAGGCCCGCUGAGACCGAGGCCAGGAGGCCACCCCGAGCGCAGCAGCCGCGGCGAGUCCGGCCACCUGCGCAGACCUGGAGAAGCAGCCCCUGGAGCCAGCAGCAGCCCGCACCCCGGGCACGGGCCUCUCCGGCUCUCCCGCGCUUCGGGACCCUGCAGCGGCCCCGGGCCGCGCCCCCAGCCCCGCCGCGAGGGCGACUCACGGGGAGGAACGUCUGUGGGGGAAAGUGCUGCCCGGGAUGGACAACAGCAAACAGCACCAACCACUGCAUCAAACCCGUGUGCCAGCCGCCAUGCCAGAACAGGGGCUCCUGCAGCCGGCCCCAGCUCUGCGUGUGCCGCUCCGGCUUCCGCGGAGCCCGCUGCGAGGAGGCCAUCCCUGAGGAGGAGUUUGACCCCCAGAACUCCAGGCCGGCCCCCCGACGCUCAGCCGAGGGUUCGUCCAGCUUGCGCCGGAGCAGCGCAGCCAGAGAAAGCACAGCGGCCAGAACAUGGCCACUGACACCACGGCUGCCGCCAGCCAGGUCCCUGAGUGAGCUCAGCCAGACCCGCCCCUCCCAGCAGCGCAUGGGGUUGUCCCGGACCGUCCGACUUUACCCGGCCACCACGGCCAAUGGCCAGCUGACUUCCAAUGCCCUGCCUGUGGGGCCAGGCCUUGCGCGGAGGGAUGGCACCCAGCAGGCAGCAUAUCUGGACCACCUGUCAUCCCCCUGGGGGCUGAACCUCACGGAGAAAAUCAAGAAGAUCAAGAUUGUCUUCACUCCUACCAUCUGCAAGCAGACCUGUGCCUACGGGCACUGUGCCAACAGCUGUGAGCGUGGCGACACUACCACCCUGUACAGCCAGGGUGGUCACGGGCAUGACCCCAAGUCUGGCUUCCGCAUCUAUUUCUGCCAGAUCCCCUGCCUGAAUGGAGGCCGCUGCAUCGGCAGGGAUGAGUGCUGGUGCCCCACCAACUCCACCGGGAAGUUCUGUCACUUGCCCGCCCCAAAGCUGGACAGGGAGCUUGCAGAGAGGGGCUCCCACCACAGGGCCCCAAUGGAGGGCCCCUUGAGGCAGUCCACCUUCACACUGCCGCUCUCCAACCAGCUGGCCUCUGUGAACCCCUCCUUGGUGAAGGUGCACAUUCACCACCCGCCCGAGGCCUCCGUGCAGGUCCACCAGGUGGCUCGGGUGCGGGGCGAGGCCGAGGAAACCCCAGAGGAGAACAGCGUGGAGACCAGACCCUCGCCCCGGCUCCCUGCCAGCCCCGGCCACAGCCACUGGGACAGCAACAGCAUCCCCACUCGGUCUGGAGAGGCCCCUCGGCUACUGCCCCCAGCGGCACCCAGGCCUCAGGGGCUGCUGGGUCGGUGCUACCUGAGCGGUGUGAAUGGCCAGUGUGCCAACCCCCUGCUGGAGCUCACUACCCAAGAGGACUGCUGUGGGAGUGUGGGGGCCUUCUGGGGGGUGACCUUGUGUGCCCCAUGCCCGCCCAGACCAGCCUCCCCAGUGAUUGAAAAUGGCCACCUGGAGUGUCCCCAGGGGUACAAGAGACUAAACCUCACUCAUUGCCAAGAUAUCAACGAGUGCUUGACCCUGGGCCUGUGCAAGGACUCGGAGUGUGUGAACACCAGGGGCAGCUACCUGUGCACCUGCAGACCUGGCCUCAUGCUGGAUCCGUCAAGGAGCCGCUGUGUGUCGGACAAGGCUGUAUCCAUGCAUCAGGGGCUGUGCUACCGGUCACUGGGGCCCAGCACCUGCACCCUGCCUCUGACCCAGAGGAUCACCAAGCAAAUAUGCUGCUGCAGCCGAGUGGGCAAAGCAUGGGGCAGCAAGUGUGAGAAAUGCCCCCUGCCUGGCACAGAGGCCUUCAGGGAGAUCUGCCCUGCUGGCCAUGGCUACACCUACUCAAGCUCAGACAUCCGCCUGACUAUGAGGAAAGCCGAGGAGGAGGAACUGGCCAGGCCCUCAAGGGAGCAAGGGCAGAAGAGCAGUGGGACUCUGCCCAGGCCAGCGGAGAGGCAGCCACUCCGGGCGGCCACCAGCACCUGGCUGGAGGCCGGGACCACUCCUGACAAGGGAGACACCACAGGAAGACCAACGCCACCACUGCCUGGGCAGGGGAUUCCAGAGUCCCGGGAAGAAGAGCAAGUUACCACCCCCACCAACGUGCUGGUGACCCUGGGUCCCCCAGAUAUUGACAGAUGUGCCGCUGGAGCCACCAACAUCUGUGGCCCUGGAACCUGUGUGAACCUCCCAGAUGGAUACAGAUGCAUCUGUAGCCCCGGCUACCGGCUGCACCCCAGCCAGGCCUACUGCACGGAUGACAAUGAAUGUCUGAGGGACCCCUGCGUGGGAAAAGGGCGCUGCGUCAACCAUGUGGGCUCCUACUCCUGCCUCUGCUACCCUGGCUACACACCGGCCACCUCGGGGACCACGCAGGAAUGCCAAGACAUAGAUGAGUGUGAGCAGCCAGGGGCGUGCCACGGGGGCCGGUGCACCAACACAGAGGGCUCCUACCACUGCGAGUGUGAUCAGGGCUACGUCAUGGUCAGGAAGGGACACUGCCAAGAUAUCGACGAAUGCCGUCACCCUGCCACCUGCCCCGAUGGGAGAUGCGUCAACUCCCCCGGCUCCUACACUUGCCUGGCCUGCGAGGAGGGCUACAGGGGCCAGAGCGGGAGCUGUGUAGAUGUUAAUGAGUGUCUGAAUCCCGGGGUCUGUGCCCAUGGAAGGUGCUACAACCUGGAGGGCUCCUUUAGAUGCUCUUGUGAGAAGGGCUACGAGGCCACCUCAGAUGAGAAGAGCUGCCAAGAUGUCAACGAAUGUGCCAGCCGGGCCUCGUGCCCCACAGGCCUCUGCCUCAACACUGAGGGCUCCUUUGCCUGCUCAGCCUGUGAGAGUGGGUACUGGGUGAAUGCAGAAGGCACGGCCUGUGAAGACCUAGAUGAGUGCGCCUUUCCUGGAGUCUGCCCCUCAGGAGUCUGCACCAACACUGCCGGCUCCUUCUCCUGCAGGGACUGUGACCAGGGCUACCGGCCCAGCCCCCAGGGCCACACCUGUGAAGACGUGGAUGAGUGUGAAGACCUCCAGAGCAACUGCCUGGGAGGCGAGUGCAAGAACGUAGCUGGCUCCUACCAGUGCCUCUGUUCCCGGGGCUUCCAGCUGGCCAACGGCACUGUAUGUGAGGAUGUGGAUGAGUGCGUGGGAGAAGAGUACUGCGCACCCCACGGCGAGUGCCUCAACAGCCACGGGUCCUUCUUCUGUCUCUGUGCACCUGGCUUCCUUAGCGUGGAGGGAGGCACCAGAUGCCAGGAUGUGGACGAGUGUACAGUCACAGACCGGUGUCUGGGAGGGCGCUGUGUCAACACCGAGGGCUCCUUCAACUGUCUGUGCGAAACUGGCUUCCAGCCCUCCCCAGAGAACGGGGAGUGUGUGGAUAUUGACGAGUGUGAGGACUACGGAGACCCGGUGUGUGGGGCCUGGAAGUGUGAGAAUAACCCUGGCUCCUACCGCUGUGUCCUGGGCUGCCAGCCUGGCUUCCACAUGGCCCCCACUGGAGACUGCAUUGACAUAGACGAGUGUGCCAAUGACACCGUGUGUGGGAGCCACGGCUUCUGCGACAACACGGAGGGCUCCUUCCGCUGCCUCUGUGACCAGGGCUUCGAGACCUCGUCCUCCGGCUGGGACUGCAUCGAUGUGAACGAGUGUGAGCUCAUGCUGGCAGUGUGUGGGGCGGCACUCUGUGAGAACGUGGAGGGCUCCUUCCUGUGCCUCUGUGCCAGCGACCUGGAGGAGUAUGAUGCUCAGGAGGGGCACUGCCGUCCGCGGGGGGCUGCAGGUCAGAGCAUCCCCGAGACCCCACCAGGGGACCACCUCUCGGGCCCCAUCCGCAUGGAAUGCUACUCUGGGCACAAAGACCAGCCACCCUGCUCCAGUCUCCUGGGCCGGAACACCACACAGGCCGAGUGCUGCUGCACCCAGGGUGCCCGCUGGGGAGACACCUGUGAGCUCUGCCCUGCUGAGGACUCAGUGGAAUUCAGUGAGAUCUGCCCUAGUGGUAAAGGCUACAUCCCUGUGGAAGGAGCCUGGAUGUUUGGACAGACUACGUACACAGACGCUGACGAGUGUGUGAUGUUCGGGCCUGGGCUCUGCCAGAACGGCCGGUGCCUCAACACGGUUCCUGGCUACAUCUGCCUGUGCAACCCUGGCUACCACUACGAUGCCACCCGCAGGAAGUGUGAGGAUCACGACGAGUGCCAGGACAUGGCCUGUGAGAAUGGCGAGUGUGUGAACACAGAGGGCUCCUUCCACUGCUUCUGCAGCCCACCCCUCACCCUGGACCCCAGCCAGCAGCGCUGUGUAAACAGCACCAGCAGCGUGGAAGACCUGCCUGACCACGACAUCCACAUGGACAUCUGCUGGAAAAAAGUCACCAACUAUGUGUGCAGCCAACCCCUGCAUGGGCACCGCACCACCUACACAGAAUGCUGCUGCCAGGAUGGCGAGGCCUGGAGCCAGCAGUGCGCUCUGUGCCCCCCCAGGAGCUCUGAGGUCUAUGCUCAGCUGUGCAACGUGGCCCGGAUUGAAGCAGAGCGGGAGGCCGGGGUCCACUUCCGACCAGGCUAUGAGUAUGGCCCUGGGCCCGAGGACCUGCACUACAGCCUCUAUGGCCCAGAUGGGGCCCCCUUCUACAACUACCUGGGCCCUGAGGACGCCAUCCCUGAGCCGCCCUUCCCCAACACAGCCAGCCACCCAAGGGACCAUGCACCAGGCCUUGAGUCUCCCCUGCAGCCCUCAGAACUCCAGCCCCACUAUGUGGCCAGCUAUCCAGACCACCAGGCUGGCUUCGAAGGGCUUCAGGCAGAGGAGUGCGGCAUCCUGAACGGCUGUGAGAAUGGCCGCUGUGUGCGUGUGCGGGAAGGCUACACCUGUGACUGCUUUGAGGGCUUCCAGCUAGACAUGGCCCACAUGGCCUGUGUGGGUAAGUUUAGCAUCAGAGUGGCAAUGCCCGGGAAGCAGACUGGCCCUGAUGGCUCCAUGUGGAAAAGUCAGACUGGCCCCUUGCUCACUUUAGGGAUGCGGGACUAAACUUAGAAUGGCUGGAAAAUCCACCAUGGCCCCCGAGUGAGGCUGCCCAGGGCCAGGCCAGGUCGGGUGGUGAGAAAGCUCCAAAGGAAGGUUGACAUCUGUGUUUAGAAAGCCCUUUCCAUGGAGAUGCUGAGACAGGAAAAGGGCAGGGACAGAGUAUGGCCACUCUCCUGGGCACUGUAA